AUGUUGUCGUUUUUGUUCCGCAUCGAUUGGUUGAGAAACCUGCUAGAGCAAGAAGAGAAGCAGUACCUACAGCAGAUGGAAGCCCAGGAGGAGACAACCCUGGAACGACAGGCCAAGAUGCGAGAGAGAGCCAAGUUUCUGAAGGAGAAGAGAGAGAUGGAGAGACAGCGGCUGGUCGAAGAGAAACUGGAUCAACAAUGGAGGGAACAGUGUGAGGAGCUGAGGUCCAACCUGAGCCGCCGCCAUCUUGACGAGGUGUGCACAGAACGCCAGGAACAGCUGAGGGUGAAAGAACACAUCAAACAGCAAAGGGAGGAGGAAGAGAGAAUGUAUGCAGAGUUGUACGAGAAGGAUCGUCUGGCCAAGGCAGUGCGAGAGGAGGAGGAGGCCAAGGCCCAGAUGGAGAGGAACAGGGAGAUGCUGGAGACACUCAACCUGCAGAAGGCAGCGCUGGAGGUGCAGAGACAGGCAGCUGCUGACCUCAAGAAGGAGGAGGCACAACUUCUGAGAGAAGAGAAAGAACUGAGGAAGAUUGAGGAACAGCGGGCAGCGGAGGAGAAGGUGCGGAAACAGCGGGAGAUGAGGGGAGACCUGGACCGCUCCAUCCGCAUCAAGAUGAAGAAACAGGCCAAGGAGGUGCAGGAGGAGCUGGCUCUGGACAUGAAGAUUCUGGAGCAGCUUCUGCAGGAGUCCAGGAAUGAGGCCAUGGAGAGCAUACAGAGGAAGCGUGAGCUCCGAGAGGAACAGCAGCGUUUCCAGGAGUACCUCGCCCGGGAAGCAGAGCGCGAGAAAGAGCGUGAACUGGAGCUGGAGCAGCUCAUCGAUGUGGAGGUGCAGAAGAUGUGGGCCAAGCGACAGGAGCAGUGGCGACUCGAGCGCGAGGCACGUCAUCGACUCAUGGCAGACGUCCUGGCCACAAGGAGAAAGCAAGUGGAGGACAAAUUGGCAGAAAACCUUCGUCAGCAGGACAUCAUCCGGGCAGAGCGUGAGGAGCUGGCCCAUGCUAUUGAGGAGCACAAGAGGCUGGACGCAGAGCACAAACACAGGAUCAAACAAAAGAACCUGGCCUACCAAAGUGACCUUGAUGCCCAGAUCGACUACCAGUACACUCUACGGGCACAACAGCAGGAUGAGGAGUACCGGGAGUACCUGCACGGUGUAGAGGUGGAGGAACAGUACCAGCAGAAACUGAAAGAGGUCCUCGCCUCACCUGUCAUCAAUAAGAUGCACCCCAUGAAGAUGGCACACAGCGCUCGCAAACAGCAGCAAGCACAGCAGCAGGAGGAACCACAAUUUCUUUUGACUGGACAGAAAUUGUAGAAACUUAUGUAGACAAGUGAACUCAUAGAAACUUGUAAAAUUGUAUCAUAAUUGUUCAGGAAAUGUAUCUACUGUAGUUCAAUAUGUGGAUGAAUGUUUUAUGUUCAUCACCUGAGGUGACUUGACAAUCUACAUUCAAAAAUGUUACAGUUAUAUUUGCUUCUUGUCCAUUUCUGGACAAUGGUGUUUCACGAAAUGUUAUUAACAUAACUUUUUGGCUUUGUUUUUACUGUACAGUGGAGAAAAAGUGAAGGAGACGAGAUAAAAAUGAAAGUGUGCAUAUUUGAUGAAUUCUAUUGGUUAUCUUUAUUGUACAAUUUGUAUGAGCCAACAGCAUAUAUAUGGUGUACAUGUGUAGGUCAAUUUAAUGACUCACAUGAAUGUGUCCUUGUAAAUAUAGACUCACAUGUAUUUGUUGUUCUACAAUAAAGACACCCUUACUUUCA